UGGUCUUGUUAUCACUCAGGCGGGUUAGCAAACACAACAAACGCCAGAAGAUUCAAUUCUGUCAUCCUCCCCAACUACUUUCUGCAUGCAGUGAAGCAAGGGGGUGAGAGGGAAGGAAAGCACCCCUGACGCUCAGAGGCACUUCAUAGAAACCAUGAGGUUAUCGUUCUAUCACGGGAGCAUCAGCCAGGCAGAGACCGAGUGUUUGUUGGCGUUGUCAGGCAAAGACGGCAGCUAUUUGAUCCGAGACAGCGAAACCAUACCUGGGACCUAUUGUCUGUGUGUGCUGAAUCAAACAUUUGUUCAUACUUACCGGAUUUUUGAAACUUCCGGAAAUUGGUCAGUUAAGACAUCGAAAGGAGUUCUACCUCGGUUUUUCAGCAGCAUAGAAAAACUUAUUUUAACUUAUGAGGAACCAGGCCAAGGUACCGUUGCACCAUUACUGCAUCCAGUGGAAUAUAGAACAUACAAAACCCGAAAUCAGAAUGAAGGUGAGAAAGAUUUACAGGAUGAGAAAGAGUACUUCGAAAUUCUUGAUGUAUGACUGGAGCAAGAGUACAACAGAAGAGACUCCAGCCACUGGAUCAUGAAAGGAUUAUCUUGGAAUGAAAUGCAUUUUUCUGCUUAAAUGUUUCUUUUGUGAAUUAGUUUACUUUUUUAGAAAGAAAAUGUGAAAAUCUACUUUGUGCCUAAUUGGCCGAUUUAAUGUUUUGGAAUAAAAUCAGAAAUUGCUGGAAAAACUCAGCAGAUCUAGCAGCAUCUAUGGA